AUGCAGGCUCACGCUGAUGAGAAGUGGUGGGUUUAUCAAAACGAAGGCACUUCUGGUUUGUACAAGGGGUUCUCAGCAGCUCUAGUGCGACAGGGUCUAUAUAGGGGCCUAGUUUUUGCACUAUACGAACCCUUGAGAGACGAGACAUGCAAACUACUCGGCGAAGAUAAAUCAUCAGCGUCCCUGAAAGUGAAGAUUCUCGCAGGAGGAGUCGGUGGUAUUCUCGGCUCAGCGUUGAUCAACCCCGUAGAUGUUAUAAAGGUCAGAAUGCAAGGCGAUUUGAAACUGGGAGCUGAAAGGCGUUAUCGAAACGUUUUUGACGGACUUUUCAAAAUGUAUAAAAGCGAAGGCAUGCGGGGAAUCAGUGUUGGGGUCAUCCCGAAUAUGCAACGUGCAUUUUUGGUGAACGCGGCUGAGUUGGCGACCUAUGAUCAAUGCAAAGAAGAAAUCGUUAAAGUUUUCGGCGAUAAUACGUUCAGUUAUUUCGUUUCUUCGAUGAUCGCUGGUCUCGUCGCAGCCGUUGUGAGCACACCUGUUGACGUAGCGAAGACUCGUCUCAUGAACCAAGAUCUUACGAAGGGAAGAGUGUACCGUGGCUUGACCGAUUGCUUAUUGAAGACGGUGAAGUCGGAAGGUCUAUUUGCCGUAUAUAAAGGCUUCAUCCCGAACUGGGUCGGUCUCUCUCUCCCCUUCCUCGCGUGCCUUGGAAUUGUUCAGCCGAAUUUUCAAUAA